UCGUAUAAUCGUGAGACAGUGCAGUGCAGAGCCUGCGCGUUGUUUUUUGGGGCAACUGAUCGGAAAUAUCAAUCGUCGUCAGUCAACACAACACAACAACAGCAACAGCAACAAUUGUUCAUCAACCCACCCCUGCGAUCAUCUUCACGGCAGCGCACGUCACAACGACCCGAAUGGGAGAAGCCACCUGGAUAAGUAGAGCAAGCAAGUAGACGACAGCGGUACCUGGUGUCAAUUAUCUCGGUACCUUGCAAAACAAAAUAGUGCGCGCACAACCCACCUUACGCAUCGCUCAGGAAAGAAAUAGUGAAAGAGUACCUAUAGUAGACACUGUCAAGACGGCAAAUAGAAACACUUGGCCGUAAAGGGUACAGACACCUGUGGGACCUACGGCGAGGAGUCGGGUGAACGAGCCAAAGGAUCUACCACUCCUCGACCGAGACCGGUCGGGGACUUGUCGGCGCACACGGCGAAACCCUUAACUGUGCCUUAAACUGCGUGCGUGUGUGGUGUGCCCACCGGCGGCUGGCGAUCGACACCCGCACAUACACACACCUGACCCAUAUACAGUACAAAUCCACCCGAAAGGAGCAAGGGAACCCCCCUCAAGGCCGCCGAAUGAAUCGGACGCACUCGGCCACUGGGAGAGCCGACGCAACUUUUCGGUCUUCGUACUAGAGAAUGCCGCUACUACUACUACUACUACUACUACUGGCAGCAGCAUCCUGUCCAUCUAGCUAGGAAGUGUCUGUGGUCUGUGGGAGAGCGUUUUUAAUUGAUUACUUUUUGUUUGUUUGUUUGUUUGCCGAGCGCACUUGAUCCGUUGUUUUGGAGCGAGAGUGUGAAAGGACCUUAAACGUGUGGAAACAUAAUUCCACUCCAUAGUGUUUCGUGGAUCAGAGGGCGAGAGUGGGUGAAAGACCUCGUGUGCUGUGGGGGGAAAAGUGUCAACGAAAAAAAAAAAGAACGGUUUACAACCCACAGAGCAAAUCGUACACAGGACGUGGAUGUAUCUGCGCGUGAAUCCAAUAGAGCUUGUAAUCGCCCGCGUGUUUUCGUUCGAGAGGAGCCGUUUUUCGAGCCAACCUUGUUUUCAUUGGCUCGCUGUGUAUCUGUGUGUAUCUGUGGUGUGUAUUGUAAGUGUGCUUGAAGGAGAGCAGCGCUCGUGGAGAGCAGCCUGAGCGGGAUUGCGUUUGGGAGCGGCUUCUUCAAUCAAGGCUCGUAAGUCGUCAUCGUCCCCCGCCCAUCCCUUGGCACUUGUCGACGCAUCUCAUUACACACUCACACAGCACGCCACCCACCACGCCAUCCUCGGCGUCUGCGUCUCUCUGUGUGCCUGUGUGUGCCACGCGAAAAGGAACCGAGCUGAACCUACGCUGCGCGGCGACGGUGCAGCACGUCCUGUAUCAACUAUCAACGCUUGACUCUGCUAUCAAAAGAGCAACGCCCUGGACAACACGUACGAAAUCAUGGAGCCAGAGAACCAGGCCCAGCAGUACGGCGAGGUGAACCAGCUCGGCGGCGUGUUCGUGAACGGGCGGCCCCUGCCGAACAGCACGCGCAUGCGGAUCGUCGAGCUCGCCCGGCUCGGCAUCCGGCCGUGCGACAUCUCGCGCCAGCUGCGCGUCAGCCACGGCUGCGUGUCGAAGAUACUGGCCCGCUACCACGAGACCGGCUCGAUACUUCCGGGCGCGAUCGGCGGCUCGAAGCCGCGCGUCACCACGCCCAAGGUGGUGACGUACAUCCGCGAGCUGAAGCAGAAGGAUCCGGGCAUCUUCGCGUGGGAAAUCCGGGACCGGCUGCUGUCGGACGGCGUGUGCGACAAGAACAAUGUGCCGAGCGUCAGCUCCAUCUCGCGCAUCCUGCGCAACAAGCUCGGCAACCUGGCCCACCACCAUCACCACCCGCACCAUCCGCACCAUCCGCACGCGGGCACGGGCGGCGGCGGGGCCCACACGCCGCACGCGCCCGCCCACCUGUACAACUCGAUCUAUCCCUCCUACCCGUACGCGGCCAGCACGCUCAAGUCGGAGAUGUCGUGCGGGGGCAGCCCGUCCCCGCCGACCGGCGCGACGCCGAUCCGCAGCCCGCACGCCCACUGCCCCUGGCCGUCGUCCCACUCCGUCACCGACAUACUGGCGAACGUGCACCAUCAGGCGACGGUGGCCGCCCUGCGCAACGGCGGCACGCCCACCUCCCAGUGCCACACGACCCCACCGCCCACCUCGGUCGGCGGCCAGCUGAUGAGCGGGGGCGGUGGUAACGGCGGUGGUAACGGCGGCGGCGCCGGCAACGGGAACGGCACGAUGAAUGGCGCGAGCGCGUCGGCAGCGGCGGCUGCGGCGGCGGCCGCUGCGGCUGCUGCCGCCGCCGCCGCCGCCGGCAAUGCGGCGGUCGCGAUGCACCAGCACCACCAUCACCAUCACCACCACCAGAUGCAGGAGUCGGUGUCGCCCCAGUCGCCCAACUCGUACAACUACUACAUGUACCUGCAGAGUGGCGGCAUGCAUCACGGCGGGCUGGCGAGCGCGUCCGGCCUAUAGGCUCCCUUCCCGGGAGCGUCCUUUGGAGAGCACUGAGAGCGAGAGAGAGAGAUAGAGAGAGAGAGAGCCUCACCCAUCCCCACUAGCUGCUCCGCGUCACGAGAUCCUUCCGGCGGCUGCGUUGCUCCGAGCUGCCGUCAUCAACACCACGCGGGGCUGCCGGACACAGCAAACUAGCUCUGCUAGGUUUUAAUCGAUAAGUCACACCACAAACCGCUUCACCUAACACGCGCUAACCUAUCCGUAAGGUACUUUUCACUGUGUAAUUGUUUGUAAUUGUACUUGUGGGUGCGUGUUUGUGUGUGUGUUUGGAUUUUAGUUUUUACCCAACCGGCCGGUGCAGGUUUGGGACGAGUUUUUGUUUUGUCAAAUGUAAGCCUGAGUUGCCAUCUUACCCCCCCGGUUAAGUGUACAGAAAAAAAGUUUCUUUUGCAGUUUUUAAACACUUUAAAGAGUACUAAUUGUAAAACAAAAGAUUCUAAUUUUUCCGUUCUUUCAAACCCCACCUAACUCCGAAGAAGGAGAGGAAAACGAAUCACUUUCGAUCGUUCAGUGGUAGAAACAGAAGCAGAGAAAACAAAAGUCAGCCCGAAAGCAGUGGCCGAGGAAAAGAGAGUAACAAAACAAUGGAAAACUAAAGUACAAAACGCAUUGUGGAACAAUUUACCCGACGACAUGGGGGGGGGG